AUGGCUGCGCUCAGCCCUCCGGUAAACGCCGCCUCGAGCACGGGCGUCGAGACUUCGAACGAGAAUGAGAGCGAUGCCGUGGCUCGCCAUGUGAGCGCCGACGUCGAGAGCCAGAUGACUGCGGGCCGCACCGGCCGGAUACCGCGAUACUCGCUCGAGAACGACCCGUACGGCCUCAGCCAGGCGUACAAGACUGUCGACGAGCUUGAGCGAAUCAAGGCCAACACGUCUAGGAAGCGUGACGGUCUGCCAGGCGAUGCAAGCCCCGAGAGUGUCAGUGCAGGGACCGUUGCGGUGGCCAAAGGUAAAGCUGGCGGCGGCGUUCUUUCCGGCUGCAUCCCGCUGCCCAAGUUUGGGCGGUCUGCCAUUCAGGCUCGCCGUGUGCAAGGCUUCUACAACCGACAGAACGAGACCAUUGAGCGGCUCCUCAAGUCGGUCGAGGAGCACCGGGAGGCGGCCCGUCAGGAGCAGGGAGAAGACCAAUUCAAGUUCAAGAUCGCCGUGUAUGGGUCUUUCGUGGCCAACAUUAUCCUCGCAGCCCUCCAAGUGUACGGCGCAGCGGCCUCCGGGUCGCUAUCGCUGUUCACGACGAUGGCGGACGCGAUCUUCGACCCGCUUAGUAACAUCACGUUGAUCCUCUCGAACCGGGCCGUGAGCCACGUGGACCCGUCGCGGUUCCCGUCCGGCAAGGCACGCCUGGAGACAGUGGGCAACAUCGUCUUCUGCUUCCUGAUGACGGCCGUCAGCUUCAUCCUCAUUGCCUUCUCGGUGAAGCAGCUCGUGGACCGCGCGGGCAGCUCCGAGCUUAACGACUUCCACCUGCCCUCGGUCAUCGCCGUGGUUGUGGCUUUCAGCACUAAGCUGGCGCUGUUCCUCUACACCUGGGCGCUCAAGGACAAGUACAGCCAGAUCUUCAUCCUCUGGCAGGACCACCGCAACGAUCUGCUGAUUAACGGCUUCGGUAUCCUGACGUCCGUCGGCGGCUCCAAGCUCGAGUGGUGGAUCGACCCCAUGGGCGCCAUCAUCCUGUCCGUCGUCGUGUCCGCCAUCUGGCUGCGCACCGCCUUCGCCGAGUUCCUGCUCCUCGUCGGCGUCGUCGCCUCCGUCGAGACGCAGCAGCUCAUCACCUACGUCUGCGUCACCCACUCGCCCGCCGUGCGCCAGAUCGACACCGUCCGCGUCUACCACAGCGGGCCCCGCCUCAUCGCCGAGGUCGACAUCGUCAUGGACCCGGGCGCCUCGCUCGCCGAGACCCACGACGUCGCCGAGGCCCUGCAGUUCAAGCUCGAGAGCCUGCCCGACAUCGAGCGCGCGUACGUCCACGUCGACUACGAGACUACGCACAAGCCCGAGCACGCGUACAGGAAGGACCUCUAG